GUCAUCCUCGUGAUGGGCCCAACGGGUGCCGGGAAGAGCUACUUUAUCAACAAGCUGAAGAGAGGCGGGGCACAAGUAGGACAUUCACUCCGAUCCGAGACGGCGGGAUGCCAGGGCGUCAAUAUCGAGUUUGGCUCAGCGGAAAACGCCAGAGUCAUCACCGUGGUUGAUACACCAGGCUUUGACGACACGCAUCGUUCGUCUGCAGAGGUUCUGUCUGAGAUCACAGAGUAUCUGGCGACUCAGCACGCAAUGGGUAUUCCCACCAAAGGGGUUCUCUAUCUUCACAGGAUCUUGGACAAUCGGAUGAGUGGCUCUGCGAUGACGUCUCUGAACUUGUUUCAAGACAUCGUGGGCGACUCUGCUCUGAAGAAUGUCAUCCUGGUUACUACUAUGUGGAACAAGUUGCGAGCCGAAGACAUAGCAGAAGCCGACAGACGAGAGCAGGAACUGCUCGACGACUUCUGGCGACCCAUGAUCGACAACGGCUCCUUCGCAACUCAGUUCCGUGGCACCAGCGACAAGGCUGCAGCGCUCGUCUACCACCUCGCUGAGAAGCAGAGCGUGGUUCUCAAAGUCCAGGAGGAAGCCUACGAUCAGGAGAAGGCGGUUGUCGACACGUCAGCCGGGGCGAACCUGAACCACAGCCUGCAGGAGGAUGAGGAAAAGUACAAGAAGCGACUGCGGGAGCUGGAGCGAAGACUG